AUGAAGCGUGGCUCCGGGAGAGCGGGCGGUGGGCAGAGGGUGGCCAGUGGGGAUGCUUGCCCUGUGCCCGGAGGGCAGGCAGGUGGGGUCGGGGAAGGAGCUGCCCUGGACCACGGGAGUGGGGAGCGGAUGGUCGGCUCCCCUGGCGUCUGCACCCGGGAAAGGGGCCAGACCACCGGGGGCCCCCGCUGCGUGGGUUUGAGGGCAGGCUCAGCCGCAGGGCCGUCCCAGCUACGGCCUCGCGCGUUCCCCGCCACCUGGGCUCACACACACCCCUGCUGGGGGCGGGGCGCGUCCUUAUCCCAGCCCAGCGCAGGGGAUCCUGGGCUUUGUCCAGCCCUGGCGGCCGAUUGGCGGCUGAGCGUGGGAAAAAGCGUGCUCGCCCGCGGGCCCCACCGACCUGCGACGCAUAAAAGCGCCCCCACCAUCCGGCUGCCUUCACCGCCUUUAGCCACCCUCCCAAGCAGUGCGCUCCCGCCGCGCCGCCCUGGCCUGCGGGCACAGACACCCGAAGUGACGACUGAUCGGAUAGGUGCCGUCUCAGGGCGCACCGGGGAUCCGGCAGGGUCCCCAAGGACUCUGCUCACCAACUCUCUGCUCUCCUUCUUGGAUGAGAAAUUCGCGGGCGCCAGCGCAGCUCCGAGCAGAGGCAGGGUCGUCGUGGAGACGGAGGUGGCUGACAUCCCCGACCCCAGCCACACCGUGAGCGCCAAGGACCGACUCCGGCAAGGCGUGGCGUGCGCCUCCGCAGAGCCUUGCGGCCCUCCCGGAACCAGGCCUCCUGUCCUUCACCCAGGCAGGUGGAGCCGAAGAGACUCCUGCCGUGCUGGAGAAAAGUGCGCCCGUGCAGCGCCCUCCCACAAAAGCGGGGGUCGGGGGCCCGGUGGAGACUUUGCCAGGCCCUGGGCCCCAAAGGGGAGGGCUGGGCUGGCGGGCGCAGCCCUCCUCCUGCUGCAGUGGGAACCUGACUCUGCUCCCCUCUUUCCCACCUAAGCCGGGGCCCAGAGUCAGACGCGGCAGUCCAGUCCGCAGGCAGAGGCAUUGUGUGUGACAGAGGCUGCAGAUGGCCAGGCUUGUGCACCGAGAGGCAGCUGGGACAGUGUGGCUGGACAGGUGCCUGGUCCCGGAUGGGACACAGCUGGGUCUCUGCUUCUUCCAGGAAGGGAAAGGCUGGGUGCUUUAUGUUGUGGGGGGGGGGGGAAGGGAGUGCUGUGCCCAAGGGCUGGCCCCCUAGUGGACAUGGGGCAGAGGCUGUGGUGGUCCCGUGGGAUGCCAGUGAAUGCACCGGGCAGUGUGGAUGUGCAGGUGCCUCAGAGCUGGGCCACUAACAGAGCUUGAAUAAAGGUGCUGGUCUGCAGCCUCUGCCUGGGUCUCUGCUCUGUCCCCCAAAGCUGACUGAUUCAGGGCCCCUGCCCAGGGCAUGGAGAUCUUGGGACCUUGGAGUGGGGCACUGUGCCAAGGACAAUCCUAGGCUGGACCCUGCCCGGCUGGUCUCUUCCCUGGAACUGUGGUCAAGGCCCGGUCUACAGCCCUGGCCCCCAGUGA